CAAUUUAUAAUUAAUUGCACCGACUAUUUUUGUUGUGCCGUGUUAACUCGGAGUCAUUGCGUUGCGUUGUCUGGUUAUGAAUGGGCAACACGAGUUACGUUGUUUUUAUUGCUUAAUCCCCGCCGUACAUGAAUAAUCUCUUUUCAGGUUGUUUUCACCAAAUUACUUUACAGCAUUCUUUUUGUGCAGUGUUUGAUCACGCAACCAAACAAAUUGAUUAAUCCGAUAUAUAUUUCAUCCACCAAACUCUAUAAAUAUCCUACUUCGAUCACACUACCUUCUACCUUAAACUUAUUAAACACAACUAACUUUCUUUUUCUGAGUCUUGCCGGUUGGCUUGUUGUUCGGGUGGAUCAAUUUUUUCUGUUUUCAUGGUUGAGCUGUGAAACCUUUGUUCACAGAAGAUAAGAUGGCCUCGCUGAAUAGUAGCAGUACUUGGGAUAGCAACCUUGGCCACGAGAGAUGCCUAUUUUAUUUUAUAUUUCAUUUCGAGACUAAGCUCAGUCACGGUUUACGAGGCUUCUUGUAUUUUCUGGCUCUGGCUUAUUGUUUUGUGGGGUUAUCAGCUAUAACCGAUCGUUUCUUCCGUUCAAUGGAGAAUGUUGUUAAGCAUAGCCGUGCUGUGGAAGAGAUUGAUCCUUUAACUAAUACCAAAGUUAUCAAAUACGAAAAGGUAUGGAAUUACACCAUCGCUGACAUCACUCUGCUGGCAUUCGGAACUAGCUUUCCGCAGAUUUCUUUGGCAACAAUUGAUGCUAUUAGGAAUAUUGGAAGCUUGACUGCCGGAGGUUUAGGUCCAGGAACACUUGUGGGGUCUGCUGCAUUUGAUUUGUUUCCGAUUCAUGCUGUAUGUGUUGUUGUUCCUAAAGCCGGAGAACUAAAAAGGAUAUCAGAUAUUGGAGUUUGGCUUGUUGAGCUCUUUUGGUCUUUCUGGGCUUACAUUUGGCUUUACAUAAUACUAAAGAUAUGGACGCCGAACGUGAUAACUCUGUGGGAAGCUUUGUUGACAGUAGCGCAAUUUGGUCUUCUGCUUAUACAUGCUUAUGCUCAAGAUAAACGUUGGCCCUAUGUGUCUCUGCCCAUGACAAGAAGUGAGAGGCCUGAAGACUGGGUACCUGCAGAAAAAAAUGCUCCAUACAGGGAUGGCAAUAAGACUCGUGAUAACUACCCGGAAGUUGAUGAAGAUAGAAACAGCAUCAUUGUCGACAUUUUUUCUAUCCAUUCUGCUAACACAGGCUUUGUGUAUGAAAAUGUGGCUGACACUGACAUUCAUGAAUCCUCCUCAGAGCAAUGUCGUGUAGAUACGAUUCCUCAUAAAGAUGAUUUGCUCUCCGUCUGGAAGAUGCAGUUUGUUGAUGCUCUCACGUUGGAGAGCCCAGAGUCAAAAAAACUGAAUAGUAAAUCUCUAAGGGUAGCGAAGGCUUUGUGGAAGUUGGUCCUUGCACCAUGGAGAUUACUGUUCGCCUUUGUACCGCCGUAUCAGAUUGCUAAUGGAUGGAUUGCUUUUAUUUUCUCUUUAGUUUUCAUAAGUGGGAUCGCUUAUAUUGUGACCAAGAUUACAGAUCUUAUAAGCUGUGUUACAGGUAUUAAUGCAUACAUCAUAGCAUUGACAGCAUUGGCUGCUGGAACUUCAUGGCCUGAUUUAGUUGCUAGCAAAAUUGCAGCAGAGCGCCAGAUCACAGCUGACUCUGCCAUUGCCAAUAUCACUUGCAGCAAUUCGGUGAAUAUAUAUAUUGGGAUUGGAGUACCGUGGCUAAUCGACACGUUAUACAACUACAUUGCAUAUAAGAAACCAUUGAGAAUAGAGAAUGCGGCGGGACUUAGCUUCUCAUUGCUAAUAUUCUUUGCAACAUCAGUAGGGUGUAUUGGAGUUUUGGUAUUUAGGCGACUUACUUUGGGUGCUGAGCUCGGUGGUCCAAGACACUGGGCUUGGCUUACUUGUUUUUAUUUGAUGCUGCUUUGGCUCGUUUUCGUUGUAUUGUCGUCUUUACAAGUUUCUAACAUUAUUUGAGUAAAUUAUGAGCAGCAUUAUUUAUUACUCCAAGGUUUAGUUAGUUGUUGUACUAGCAUGUAUAUUUUGUUAGGAAAUAUGAUAAUGCAACUCUUGAAAUACGUUUACGGC